UGCGUGUUAAGUCAUCUUCAGUUAAGUGAGCGAACAGCCAUGAGACGGGCUCUGUGCUAUUUUGGAUUAAUCUCCCUGCUCGCCUUUGGCGAUGCGUCAGAGAGGCUACGGCGUAGCGGUGGCUAUGGUGGCGGCGGCGGUGGUGGCGGUGGGUUUGGCUUCGGAGGCGGCGGAGGCGGAGGUUUCGGUUACGGCGGAGGGGGAGGAGGCGGAGGAGGUGGAGGAGGCGGAUUCGGGGGCGGCCUAGGAGGUGGACUCGGAGGCGGCCUUGGCGGGGCAAUUGGUGGUGGCCUUGAUGGCAUUCGCAAAGGAGUUCACGAUAUCAUCGGCAAAGUUCACUCCGGAUUAUCGCAUGUAGCCGGUGGCGUAGGAGGAGGCGUUGGAGGCGGUAUUGGAGCUGGCGGUGGCCUUGGAGGCGGAGCCGGCGGUGGACUAGGAGGUGGUGCUGGCCACGGCGCUGGUCUUGGAGGCGGCGCCGGACUUGGAGGUGGCGCUGGAGGCGGCGCCGGACUUGGAGGUGGCACUGGAAGCGGCAGCGGGUUUGGAGGAAAAGAUGAGAAAGUUAUAUACACGAAGUCCGAUGAUGGAAAAUCUGGAGGAUUUGCUUUUACUGGCACUCUGGAUAGCGGAAAAGGUGGCUACGGCGGUGGUGGAGGAUACAGCAGUGGCAGUAGUGGCAGUGGCGGCUAUGGUGGUGGUGCCGGAUUCGGUGGAGGGGCUGGCGGAGGCACCGGUGGGGGUUCCGGUGGUAGCGGAGGAAGUGGAUUCGGACGUGGAUCCGGGAACUUAGCAGGUGGUCAGGGAGGAGGAUUAGGCGGAAAUGGAGGGGGUUCUGGCUUUGGAGGAGGAAAUGGUGGAAGCUAUGGUCACGGUGGAACCGGAGGUAGUGGAGGCAGUGGAGGCUUUGGAAGUGGAAAUGGAAAUGGUGGUUUUGGGGGCAGCACAGGAGGUUCUGGUGACCUAGGAGGAGGAUAUGGUGGCGGAGCUGGCGCGGGCGGUGGUCUUGGUGGAGGAAGCGGUGGACACGUUGGCGGCGGCGUCAGUGGUAACAGUGGAUUUGGAUCAGGUGGUGCAGGAAGUAAAGGAAGCUACGGAGGAAAUGGUAAUGGAGGCUUCGGGGGUGGUCUUGGUGGAGGCAGCGGCCUCGGAGGGGGCGCUGGACUUGGAGGAGGGGCAGGCUUUGGAGGUGGAAGUGGAUUAGGCGGUGGCUCCGGUACAGGAGGUGGCUCUGGUUCAGGAAACGGCGGUGCUAGUGGAUUUGGAGUGUCUGGAGGAAAAGGAGGAUACGGAGGAAGCGGAAGUGGUAGCCUUGGAAGUGGUGCUGGAUUUGGAGGAGGUGCUGGUCUUGGAGGUGGCGUUGGCCUCGGAGGUGGAAGUGGAUUAGGAGGUGGUUCUGGUUCAGGAAACGGUGGGUCAAGUGGAUUUGGAAUUUCCGGUGGAAAAGGUGGAUACGGAGGAAGCGGAAGUGGUAGCCUUGGAGGUGGAUUUGGAGGCGGCGCUGGACUCGGUGGAGGCAGUGGACACGGCGGCGGAGGUGGAUUCGGUGGAAGCUCUGGUUCCGGUUCAAACUCUGGAAGCUCCGGUGGUUUUGGAGGCGCGGGUGGCAAAGGUGGCUACGGAGGAAAUGGUGGCCUCGGUGGAGGAUUCGGAGGUGGUGCUGGAUUGGGCGGACAUGGAAAUGGUAUUGGAGGUUCGGGAUCUGGAUCAAGCUCUGGAGGAGCCGGUGGCUUCGGAGGUGCUGGAGGAUCCGGUGGCUUUGGAGGUGCUGGAGGAUCUGGCGGCUUUGGAAACUCAGGAGGAAGCGGCAAUGGUGCCGGCAAUGGUUAUGGAGGUGGUGCCGGGAUCGGCGGUGGAGGAGGACAAGGAGGCGGCCAUGGAGGUGGUAGCGGCCUAGGUGCUGGACUCGGAGGUGGUCUCGGUGGAGGUCACGCUGGAGGUCACGCUGGAGGUCUAGGAGGAGGACUUGGCGGAGGUUUAGGCGGUGGACUUGGAGGAGGCUUAAGCGGUGGUUUGGGCGGUGGACUUGUUAGUGGUCAUGGACUUGGAGGAAACGCAUUGAGUUCAAGCAGUGCCAGCGCUGGUGGAUACGGCACUAAGGGCGGCUGCGGGUCAGGUUCUUGCGGCGGUGGGUACGGAGCGCACAGUCACAGUGGGGCCUUCGCGUCCGCCAGUGCUCAUGCGUCGGCAUCGGCAAGUGCCAGCAGUUACGGAUAAGUUUUAUGCUAAAUAUCUAUCCAACUUAGUUCCAAUGUGUAUGAUUAAUACGUGUUGAAUUGGCAAGUCUCGUAGUUAUAGUCUAUUCAUGUAAUCAAAAAUAUAGGUUAUGCUUAGGUACUCAGGCGUUUUGUCAUUUUACUUGAUAAUUACUCUGUGAUGAUAGUUAUUAACUGUAUAAUUCUAGCAUUGAAUAAAGUAUUUUUUUAGUUA